AUUUUUGUCAAUAUAAACUGCUUUAUUUCUCUUAUUUGUUUAUUAAAAAAGAUAAAGAGUUUCUUUACUAAAAAAACAUGGCAUCACCUGUGUGUUUCUUAACCAUACGGAUGCUUUUCCUCGUUUUGCUAUCUUUGUUUCAUCUUAGAGCAUGUUAUUCUUCUUCUUCCAUGCAACCUCUAUGCCAUGAGGAUGAGAGUUAUGCCUUGUUGCAGCUAAAGGAAAGCCUUGCCAUUAAUGAGUCCGCCUCUUCUGAUCCUUCUGCUUAUCCCAAGGUUGCAUCAUGGAGAGUUGAUGGAGAAAGCGGUGAUUGCUGCUCUUGGGAUGGUGUUGAAUGCGAUGGGGACUCUGGUCAUGUGAUUGGCCUUGACCUCAGUAGCAGCUGUCUUCAUGGCUCCAUCAACUCUAAUAGCAGCCUCUUCCACCUUGUUCAGCUCAGAAGGCUGAAUCUUUCUGGCAACGACUUCAACAACUCCAAAAUGCCAUCUGAGAUUCGGAAUCUCUCAAGGCUGUUUGAUCUAAAUCUCUCAUAUUCUAACUUUUCUGGUCAGAUUCCAGCGGAGAUCUUAGAGCUUUCAAAGUUGGUUUCCCUUGAUCUGCGAUGGAAUUCUUUGAAGCUCCGAAAGCCUGGUCUGCAACAUUUAGUUGAAGCAUUAACCAACUUGGAGGUGCUCCAUCUCAGUGGAGUGAGCAUAUCAGCCGAGGUACCUCAAAUCAUGGCAAACUUGUCCUCUUUGUCAUCUCUAUUUCUCAGCUAUUGUGGAUUGCAAGGAGAGUUCCCCAUGGGAAUAUUCCAAUUACCCAACCUUCGCUUUCUCAGAAUCCGGUAUAAUCCAUAUCUCACUGGAUAUUUGCCGGAAUUUCAGUCGGGCAGCCAACUUGAAAUAUUGUACCUUACAGGAACAAGUUUCUCUGGCAAGCUACCGGCGUCCAUUCGGAACCACAAAUCAAUGAAAGAACUUGACGUGGCAGAAUGUUAUUUUUCAGGGGUGAUACCAUCUUCACUUGGUAAUCUUACAAAACUAAACUAUCUAGACCUUUCUGAUAACUUUUUCUCUGGGAAAAUCCCUCCUUCUUUCGUCAACCUUCUUCAACUUACUAACCUGUCGCUUUCUUUCAACAAUUUCACAUCUGGUACCUUAGAUUGGCUUGGUAAUCUAACCAAACUCAAUCGUGUAGACUUGCGAGGCACCGAUUCAUAUGGUGACAUUCCAUCAUCUCUUAGAAACUUGACUCAGCUCACCUUCUUGGCGCUUAAUGAAAAUAAAUUAACUGGUCAAAUUCCAUCCUGGAUAGGAAACCAUACCCAAUUAAUCUUACUGGGCCUUGGUGCCAACAAACUGCACGGUCCGAUUCCUGAGUCUAUUUAUAGGCUUCAAAAUCUUGGAGUACUUAACCUAGAACAUAAUCUCUUUAGUGGUACUUUGGAAUUGAACUUUCCUCUUAAGUUCAGAAACCUUUUUUCACUCCAAUUAUCUUAUAACAAUCUGUCUCUGCUUAAGAGCAACAAUACUAUCAUUCCUCUGCCAAAACUCAAAAUCUUGACGUUAAGUGGGUGCAAUCUAGGUGAAUUUCCCAGUUUCUUGCGUGAUCAGAACCAUUUGGGGAUUUUAGAUCUUGCCGAUAACAAACUGGAGGGACGCAUACCCAAAUGGUUUAUGAACAUGAGUACAACAACCCUCGAGGAUCUAUAUCUGGCUCGCAACCUUCUGACUGGAUUUGAUCAAUCCUUUGAUGUUCUUCCAUGGAACAAUCUACGCUCACUGCAACUUCAUUCGAACAAGCUUCAAGGAUCCCUUCCAAUUCCACCACCAGAAAUCUAUGCCUAUGGAGUCCAGAACAACAAAUUGACUGGAGAAAUCCCAAUAGUUAUUUGCAAUCUGAUUUCGCUCUCUGUCCUUGAUUUGUCAAAUAACAAUUUGAGCGGCAAACUUACGCACUGCUUGGGCAACAUAAGCAGCACUGCUUCAGUUCUGAAUCUCCACAACAAUAGUUUCAGUGGUGAUAUUCCCGACACAUUCACAAGUGGCUGCUCAUUGAAGGUCAUUGAUUUCAGUGAAAACAAAUUGGAGUGGAAGAUACCAAAAUCAUUAGCCAAUUGCACCAAGCUAGAGAUUCUUAAUCUUGAACAAAAUAAGAUAAAUGAUGUCUUUCCUUCUUGGUUGGGUAUGCUUCCUGAUUUGAGGGUUCUCAUUUUGAGAUCUAAUGGGCUACAUGGUGUGAUUGGGAAACCUGAAACCAACGUUGAAUUUCGGAGGUUGCAGAUUGUUGACCUCUCCAACAACAGUUUUAAGGGUAAGUUGCCACUUGAAUAUCUCCGAAAUUGGACUGCCAUGAAAAAUGUCCGUAAUGAGCACUUGAUUUACAUGCAAGUAGGCAUAAGUUAUCAAAUAUUUGGUGAUUCAAUGACAAUUCCAUAUCAAUUCUCAAUGACAAUAACAAACAAAGGUGUGAUGAGAUUAUAUGAGAAGAUCCAAGAUAGUCUCAGUGCUAUCGAUCUCUCAAGCAAUGGUUUUGAAGGAGGAAUUCCAGAGGUCCUCGGAGAUCUCAAAGAACUUCAUUUGCUCAAUCUCUCCAACAACUUUCUCAGUGGUGGCAUCCCUCCAUCGUUGUCCAACUUGAAAGAGCUUGAAGCUUUGGACCUUUCUCAGAACAAACUCUCGGGAGAGAUUCCAGUUAAACUUGCACAGCUCACCUUCCUCGAGGUCUUUAAUGUGUCUCACAAUUUUCUAUCUGGUCCGAUACCACGAGGAAACCAAUUCGGAACAUUUGAAAACACUUCAUUUGAUGCGAAUCCAGGAUUGUGUGGGGAGCCGUUGUCAAAAGAAUGUGGAAAUGAUGAGGACUCGCUGCCAGCAGCUAAAGAAGAUGAGGGCUCGGGAUAUCCACUUGAAUUUGGUUGGAAGGUGGUGGUUGUAGGGUAUGCAAGUGGAGUGGUAAAUGGAGUGAUUAUUGGAUGUGUUAUGAACACAAGGAAGUAUGAAUGGGUGGUGAAGAAUUAUUUUGCGAGGCGGCAAAACAAAGGUCAAAAUUUGAAGACUCGCCUGCAUAGAAGUUGAUUUCUAAUUGUUAAGGUCUUUUCUAGUUUGUCAAUC